AACUGCUCAGUGGCAUUUGGUGAAAUAGCGGAUAAAAAAUGUGUUUGAAUGUAAUUGAAUGUAAACACGGCAUUGUGAGUCUGUGGAACAUAAGCAUAUUGGCUAUUAUUUGAUUGGUAUUUUCAUCUUUGGCAACAUAUUCCCUUCAUCUUUGGCAACAUAUACUUCGUAAAUUACUUCAAUUUUACAAUUGUUUGUUUCCAAUCUUUCCACAAUUGUAUGUCAAUGAAUUGGAUUUUUUUGGCGGGAAAUUAACGCUUCUUAAGAGUUAAGAUCAAGAACUACUCAAAAUAUCAAAUUUCGCUAAAUUCAAAAAUCUAAGUUUCAUACUUCAACUAUCAUCCCCAUUUUCACCUCAAUUAUCAUGAUUCUUCAAUCCAGAUCUUCCAUGCAAUUCAUUAGACCCUUUUCACGCCAAUUUAGCACCUUCACUUCGAUCACCAAAUCACAAGAAUUACCCAGAUAUUCAACCUCAAUCGACGCCAUUAAAGAGCUUCAUGGUCAUUUGAUCAGAACCCAAAAACACAAAGACCCAGAUUCAAUUUCUCUGGUUUUCCGCUCAUACUCUCUCUCCUCAACCACAUUACACAAAGCCCAGAUUGUAUUUGAUCAAAUUCAACGACCCCCAUUGUUAAUAUGGAAUCAUUUGAUAAAGGGAUUAUCCAAAAGUGAUGAUCCAAUUAAAGCAAUUUAUAUGUAUAAUGAUUUGAGAAAAUAUGGGUUAACUGGGAAUAAUUUGACUUUUAUAUUUGUUCUUAAGGCAUGUGGUCGUGUUUCAGAUGUUUUGCAGGGUAAAAAGAUUCAUGUUCAUGGAUUAAAACUUGGGUUUGAAUCAUAUUUGUUUUUGUCAAAUGCUUUGAUACAUAUGUAUGGAUCAUGUGGGGAAAUGGGUUUUGCACAGAAGGUGUUUGAUGAAAUGACUGAGAGAGAUUUGGUCACUUGGAACUCGUUGAUUUGUGGGUAUAGUCAAUGCAAUAAGUAUACAGAAGUUCUGGGUGUUUUCGAUUCGAUGCAGGUGGCGAGUGUGAGGGCUGAUGCUGUGACAAUGGUGAAAGUUAUCAUGGCCUGUAAUGUGUUGUGUGAGUGGAAUAUUGCUGAUUCAAUGAUCGAUUACAUUGUGAGAAGUGGUGUUGAUAUAGAUGUUUAUUUGGGGAAUACUUUGAUUGAUAUGUACGGAAAGCGUCGGAUGAUGGACUCGGCCCAAGGAGUGUUUGAGCAGAUGAGUGAAAGAAAUGGUGUCUCUUGGAAUUCUUUGAUGAUAGGUUAUGCAAAAAUCGGAAAUUUGGUUAUGGCAAGGAAGCUCUUCCAUGAAAUGCCAAAGAGGGAUGUGAUUUCUUGGACAUCAAUGAUUACAGGGUACUCACAAGCAGGCAAAUUUUCUGAUGCUGUUAAACUUUAUCAGGAAAUGAUGUCGAAUAAGAUUAAACCCGACGAAAUUACAAUAUCGAGUGUGCUUUCUGCUUGUGCUCAUCUAGGAAUGUAUGCCAUGGGCAAGGAAAUUCAUAAAUUCAUCAUUGAGCAUAACAUCAGAGUAGACAUUUAUGUUGGUAACUCUUUAAUUGAUUUGUACAGUAAAUGUGGGGAUGUAACAAAGGCAUUACAAGUUUUUCAUGGUAUGAGUGAGAAGGAUCCUGUAUCAUGGACUGCAGUUAUAGCAGGGCUUGCAGUAAAUGGUUUUGCUGAUUCUGCUGUUCAGCUAUUUGAGGAGAUGUUAGGCAAAAAUGUUAGGCCAACUAAUGGAACCUUUGUCGGCAUAUUGCUAGCUUGUUCGCAUGCUGGAUUGGUAGACAAGGGGGUGAAAAUUUUCGAAAGUAUGUACAGAAUCUAUGGAAUUGUCCCACAAAUGAAACAUAAUGGUUGUGUGGUUGAUCUCUUGAGUCGUUCUGGUGAAUUAGAGAGAGCAUAUAAUUUCAUACUCAAGAUGACAACACCUCCUGAUGUAGUAUUAUGGAGAAUCUUGCUGAGUGCCUGCAAGCUACAUAAAAAUGUUGCCUUAGCUGAGAUUGUUUCAAGUAAGCUUCUUGAAUCAGAUGCUGGUAAUAGUGGAAAUUAUGUACUUUUAUCGGAUGCUUAUGCAGGCGCAAAAAGGUGGGAUGCUGCUAUGAAGUAUAGAGACUUGAUGGAGGAGAACCGCGUGCAAAAGCCAUCAGCCUGGAGUUCUGUAGAAGUGACUAGGUAAAUUCAUGGUGUUUAUGCCCCUUUGUCCAGGAGCAAAAUUUGAUGUUAUAGCCUUCAAUUUGGGCAUACCGUUGUCUUCUGCAGUACAUUCAAGUGUCUCAAUGAUCAAAAUAGAUAUUGGGUUAAAGCCAUCAGCCUGAAGCUGUAUAAAAAUAAGUUAGAGUUUUUGGUGUUUGGUCGCUUCCUGGGCCAAACAUUUCAUGCAUCACCCGGGAGGCUAGGAUUACUCACAUAGUCACAUGACUCACAUCAAUGCUCCAGCCCAGUGAUACAUAUGAGUCAGCAUAUGGUCACCAGAUUCAUCAUGCACUGGUGGAAGCGUCAUUCUAGGUACUCUCUAGUGCAUGUAAUAAUUUGUGUCGGUGCUACUUCCCUAGUUUAGGAGCUGAUGCUCAAUAUGUAUAGAGAUGUUACACUUGUGGGAGAAGGGAGGUUAUUCAUUCAAUUUUGGUGGGCCAGAAAACAAGACUAGUCUUUCCUUCUUGGAGGUGACUGUAUAAAGGAUAAGGUCCCUGAAAUUUUGAAAGUUAGUUACAAAAAAUUUGAACUAAAUAAAAAAAAAAACAAAGACAAUGUGGAAAUUGUAGCUUGGCAAAUUGCUUUCAUGCAUUGGAUGAUUUUUGCAUUCAAUGCAUUUGAGAACUUGUAUAGAUUUAGAACUUUUGGAAGAGAUCAGAGUUCCUGAGGAGAUUAAAUGCUGGUGUUGAGCUGCCAAUUGUGUAAAAUUUGGGCAGUUGGUGGAAGAUGAGGGUCACAAUUUGAUUCGACAAAGUCAGCAGGAAAUAGAGCCUCAGGAUAAACAACAAUUUUGGAAAUCGAUAUUAUCAAAGCAAAAAUUUAUGUAUCGUAAAAACUGGAACAUUAUAUUUAUGACCUAGGUACUACACCAACAGAAAACACGGUUAUCCAGUAAAUUCGAGUCACCCUGUAACCGAUUGAUUACCCAAUAUGUGAAUUGCAAAACCAAAUUUACACGAUCCAACACCCAACUGAUGUUUUUUUUUUGUCUUUUUCUUGUUUAAUAACGAAGUAAGAUGUUCGUGAGGUGGUAGUACAUAUUAAUAAAAGAUAGGGUUUUUCUACAUGGUAACCUCGUUGUUUUCACUUUUCUACGCUGUGACCUAACAUAUAUGUCUACGUUGUAACCCUAAAGUACGAAAAGUCAAUAUAUUGUGACCUUGCCGUUAAACUGCCAUUAGUUGCUUCCGUUAAAACCCAAAAAUUAAACUUUUUUUUUCUUUUUCAUUUCCCUUUCCCCUUUCCCUUCUUCCGUCCAUAACCACCAGAGCAGAUCAAUCGCGACCACCACCAACAUGACCCCGACCUCCCAAAAUUCGGCCGCCGAACUCCAUUGUCCCAGGAAUCCGCCAGUCGCCGGCCAGACCCCCUUCCUCUUCUCCUCCUCCGGUACCGGCGCUGUAGCUAAACCCAGACCCCAGAAUCACCAUUGCCACCAAACCAGAC